CAUUCGAUGCGGGCGUGCUGGAUGAUGAAGGGCUGGAACCUGAAGCUAAUAAAAAUAUACCUGUAGCUGGAGCACCAGAUGGGCCGGCUGAGGCGGCAGAUCCACUGGCCGAAGCACCUGAUGGACUAGCUGAAGCACCUGAUGCACUGGCCGAGGGAAGCGCUUUAGCUCCGGUUGCACUUGCGGAAUCAGAGGCUGUACGAAGAGAUUAG